CCGGCGGCGAGUCUGCGAUAAGCCGCUUAGCCCCGCUCGUAGGUUUCGACCUUCCUCCGCCUUCCAACUCGUCUACCAACACUUUUACGGCGGCGGAUCAGCCUAUGAUAGCUCUGCAACGAGUAGAAACGACCGAAUAAUUGUUUUGCUGUCCAUGUCAGCUCCUCCUGACAGGAAAAAGGGCUGCUUCCAAUGUUCUAAGCGCCGAAUUAUCUGCGAUAAUACCGAGCCUGCCUGUAACAAGUGCCUGAAGAAAGGGAUCGAGUGCUCGGGAUUAGGGCGGAUUCGGUUCUCGGAUGGAGUGGCGCGACGAGGAAAGUUGAAGGGAUGCCCCAUCCCCGUGGCCGAUGUCUCGCCCGAAUCGGCGUUUGAGACGCAAAGUCAAGCGGCAGCUGCAGUUCCGCGCAAUAUAAGAUGGAAAGCCAACCAAUCGGGAAAUUUAAAGCGCAAGAGCGCGAAACGACGCGCGAGGGCACGUGAAGGAGACACGGAGACACGCGCCACACAGUCUGACAAUGAUCCUGCGAUACAAGCAGGUACCACUAGCUCUUCCGCACUUGACGGGGCCCAAAUUGUACUUGGCUAUCCAAGGAAAUAUCUUAAUCCUGAUGAAGCUAUCGAUCAGUCAGAGGAUUUGGCUCUAGCCCUGGCGCCCGUUCCUACUUCACCUGGUUCAAUCCAACCUUGGAUCGCGCCGCUAUCACCGCAAGCUCGAAUGUUGAUGUCACACUUUGCCGAUCAAGUCGCACCUGUCAUGGUUGUAUUGGACAACGUCUCGAAUGGGUACCGCGAUAUCCUACUACCCCUUGCCUGUGAGGAUGAAUUGUUGAGGACAGCAAUUGGUGUUGUAGCAAGUCAACAUCUGGCUUUGUACAACCCUAGCUUCCAAAGUGCGGCCGACGAGGGUCGCGCGGUCAUCAUUUCCCGGCUGCGCCGAGACUCCUUACAUGCAUCACCCGAUCUGGUAUUCAACGUAUCUACGUGGGCUACCUUGAUUGUUCUGCUAGUUGGAGAGACUAUCACGGGAAGCUCUGAGUAUAGCCAUCUUCUACAGAUUUUGAUGUGUCUUAUUCAAAAUAUUGGACAGAUUGCUCCAUCUGCAGCACGAGAUUUUCUCAAUCAACAAAGUCAUAUGUUUGAAUUUCUGGGGCAGCCCCUACUAGGAGAGGCUCAUGGCGUUCAGGCCCUACGCCUACCGCUGGACCACUACCUAGAUUGGACAUAUUAUGAUCUACCGUCAGAUUCUGAACAUCACAAACUCCUUCACAUAUCCAGGUUGGCUUUCAUCAAAGCUUCGCAAAUAUAUCUCGGGCGAGUGACUUCAACUCGAGACCAGUGGGACCUCAUAGAAGACCUGAAACGACUGGUCUCUCAAAUACACCCUGAGCAACUGGGAUCCCAUGCUCUCGUCUGGGUCUGCUUCAUUGCUGCUGCUGAUAGCACUGAUCCCGAACAUCGCCGGUUCUUCGUCGAUCGAAUGAACCAGGUCUUUAUGAAGACAAAAUUCCAUAACAUUUCAGCAGGAAUGCAAUCCCUGCCAGCGAUCUGGUCACAACGAGCUUCAGGUCGCUGGACUCAAAAUCUAGCCAAGCUAGCUCCUACUUUGAUCAUGUGAGGUGCUUGUUCUGGCUGGCUACUCCUCUUGGAAUCCUCGUAUAAUAAUAUACACGAUCUUUAAAUUUUGCCCUAGAUUGUCGCGGGCAUGGAUUGUUUGGAUGCAUUACAUCGAUCCUUUCUCAGCAUAAAAGAAAGCGAUGAGCAAUGAACAAGUUUUUGGAGGACUGUAUUUAAUUUAAAAUUUUCCUAGACGGCAAUUGAGAGAAUCUCUUAUGGUCGCUGUUGUUCUCAUUCUGGCAAGCUCAACGGCCUUCACUAGCCGUGCGAAUCACGUCUCGGGCGGCUACUCUCGUAGAACCGGCAAGUGCCGAUGCCUGCUUCCGUCUGUCCGAAACGGGACCGAUCUGGCGAACUCUAUUUGUCGGCCCCCGCAUUGCACCGACUCUUCGAAACCC